CCGACGAGAGGUGUUACGUGAAGCGCCGGUACACGUUUCGCCGUUGGUUACGGGUCGCUUCCACGGCCGACCGCGUGUUGUACGGCCCGAACGUGCACGGCUGGUACGAUUGCGCACCACCAUCCAAACAAGUGACUUGUAUGCUCCGCCAAGGCCAGUAUUCCAAACCCAUCGUCAGUCAUCGAUGGAACGUCCUGGCUGACGCACGUGUGGACGACGGAGCCCAUACUACUACAGCGUGUCCCUUUUAAGUGUGUGUCCGAUAAAUGGUUUGAGGAUCAGUUUGAGGAUCUUGGUGAUUUGUGUGUGUGUGUGUGUGCGCGCGCCCACGACCCAAUCAAUGUUACAGUGUGAUAAGCCGAGGGUCGAAAGCUAAAUAUUGUCUUUACUAGCGAAAGGUGUCAAGAAGCUGCCAGCUAUCAAAUCCCAUAAGCUGUGUUUGAUAUUCACCUUCGGUAGCCUGAAUGCCCGAGAGGUGUUCCGACAGUGAAAGGCUCAUUCUUGGUGAGCAGCACAGUGAGUGUUGGAAACAGUGUAUAGGGAUUUUGCAUAAUUUUACACAAACAAUUCGGAAGCUUAGGGGCAUGAAUCCGGUGUGCGCCUUGUGAUAAGACCGUUGCAUGGGUCUAGCCUCGGUAGUCGGUGGUCAGUAGUUUUCGAUACGGAUAUUAAACGCCCUUUCAUUGGCAGUUGAGGGUGGAAAGUUUUACGAGUGUAUUUAAAAUUCCACCGGUCCGAUUCUUGCAUCCUCUCUCUCUAAUUGACCUUGACCAUGUGGGUUAGGGAGAAAAUUUAAGGAAAAAAAAGAAAGAGUGUCAAAAACCGCAAAGUCUUUUGUCAAGUGCUGCAAAAUUAAAAAAAAAUAUUGGUGAGUGUGUGUGUGUGUGCGUAAUACUUUGUUGGUUCGGCCACCCUCAUCAUCAUCAUCAUCAUGUCCACCACGUCCAGCUGGGACGACAGCGUGAAGAUGAACAACCCGACCUCGUCGGCGACAACACCGUCCGGCACCACGGUACAGACCGAGUCGACCAAAUGCGGCAUCAGUUAUGGUGAACCGUCCUCGCCGGCCGCGAUGGAGGAAGGCGAGUGUCCGCCAUCGGGCCGGGCAGUCGUGCCAGACGGCCAGAUGGAACCACCAUUGCAAAGGCCAGCGACGCCGCCACCCCGAUCGUACCAUUGCGGGUGGUUUGCGCUGCGUCCUCGGUGGAUGGCCCGCUUCAUGACACCCAAGUGGGCCCUGUUUUGGCUGUGCUGGGCCGGUGCCGUGCAAGGUUUGGUAGUGAACGGUUUCAUCAACGUUGUCAUCACGACCAUCGAGCGGCGGUUCGGUUUACGCUCCACACAAACGGGCCUGGUGGCCAGUGGUUACGACAUUGCGUCCUUCCUCUGCCUGGUGCCGGUUUCCUACUUUGGUGGCCGGCUCGGUGCCUCCAAGCCCCGGUGGAUCGGGUGGGGUGUGGCGGUGAUGGGGCUCGGUGCGUUCGUGUUCGCACUGCCACACUUUCUCGUCGGCCAGUACCGGGCGACCAACUCGGACCAGAACGUGUGCACUCUGGGACCGUUGCUGGCCAAUGGGACCAACGGUGCUGCCGUGGAGGCGCUAACCGAGCUGACAGGUUGCCGUCAUGACACGGGAUUGCCACUGGCAAACGGUGGACAAGCAUCGACGGACAGUGAAAACUUGUCCUGGAAUGUGUGGUUCUUCUUUACCGCCCAGCUGCUGCUCGGUGCCGGAGCAUCACCGCUGUACACACUCGGCGUGACGUACAUCGACGAGAACGUCUCGAAGAAAAUGUCUUCCGUCUAUCUGGGCAUUUACUACACGAUGGCCGUUGUGGGACCAGCUGCCGGUUACGUCAUCGGUGGACAGUUGCUUCUCUUCUACACGGACAUGUUCGUCGUCGAUGCUGGCACGCUCGGGCUAACCCCACACAGCAAGGUAUGGGUCGGUGCCUGGUGGGUUGGGUUCGUGUUCAUGGCAGCGUUCUGCUUGCUGUUGGCCAUCCCCAUCCUUGCCUAUCCGCCCGCCCUGCCCGGCUCGGAAAAGCUGCAGAAGGUGUCGGAAGCUCACCGGGGCGGCGAUGCGGACGGCGAGCGGAACCAGGAAGCGUUCACCAAGAUCAAGCAGAUACCGCGUGCGCUGCUCGCGUUGCUACGCAAUCCGACCUUUUUCUUCCUUAAUCUGGCCGGCGCUUCCGAGGGCCUGGUCAUCUCCGGCUUUGCCGUGUUUCUGCCGAAGCUGAUCGAGAACCAGUUCAGCGUGACGGCGGUUUGGUCCGCGCUGCUGAUGGGAAUAAUAACGGUACCGGCCGGCGGUGGUGGAACCUUCCUCGGUGGCUAUCUAGUGAAAAAGCUGCACCUGUCCUGUUCGGGCAUCAUCAAGUUUUGUCUGUUUGCAACGAUUUUUGCCGCCCUCUUCACAGUGUGCUUCUUCCUGUCCUGCCCAAAUCUCACGUUCGCCGGCGUCACUGCACCGUACUUCCCGCACGAAAACCUCGACAGCCGUGCCUAUGCGCACACGGCCGAACCACGCGAUCUGUACUAUCUGCCCAAGAAUCUGGACAACGCGUGCAAUGACCGGUGUGCCUGCAGUCGGCGAAACUACGAACCAAUCUGCGGCGCGGACGGGAUCAUGUACUACUCGCCGUGUCAUGCCGGGUGCAGCGAGGAGAUUAAUCUGGAGAACGCCAAGGUGUACCGGGACUGCACAUGCAUCAAUGCCACGUUCCACGGUGAGACGGCGGGACCGCUGUACGGGGGAGGAAGCUACGAUGCGGUUAAUACGAUGUGCCAGUCGCAGUGUGAUCAUCUGUGGAUCUUCGUGGUGCUCUGCUUUCUGGUGAUGUUCUUCACCUUUCUGGCCACGAUGCCGGCCCUGUCGGCGACGCUCCGGUGUGUCCACGACGAUCAGCGUUCGUUUGCGCUGGGGAUACAGUGGAUUAAGGUCCGGGUGCUCGGUACCAUCCCGGCGCCGAUGAUCUUCGGCCGGCUUAUCGACGAAACGUGCAUCUUGUGGCAGGAAUCGAGCUGUGACGAUCACGGCGCGUGUUUGGUUUACGAUAACGCGUUCAUGAGCAAGUACAUGCUAUUACUGGCUCUGAUCGGCAAGGCGUGCUCCAUACUAUUCUUCUUCGGCGCCUGGUUCUACUACAUUCCGCCCAAAGUGAUCACGAACGGCGACACUCAUCCAAAGCCGGACGCCACAAACCAAAAACUAACCUCAAACGGGCACGUGAAUCCUAUCACGGUGGAAAAGUAUUGAGUGAUGACGCUUCGUGCAAUAAUCGAGGCGCCACAAACCGUUGCUCAAAACUCAUCGCUCAGUAGCGACCAUUAUUGCUAAAGUCAUGCGUACUCUUAAGUGUCAUAUUAGUAGUCGUGUUUGUUUCUUCGUUCGCGCAUUCCAUCAAAUAUCGAUAUUUAAGCCAGAUUUGUCAUAACGCACUAUGUAAAAUUAAAAAAAAA